AUGUCUGGCAGGCUCGCCGGUCAAGCUCCGGCUCUGCUCCGACAAGGCCGACGGAUAAUACCUUCUCCUACUCCCAUUGCUGCUCGCAGCCUCACGUCUAAUGUUUUCAACUCCUCUCCUCUCCUCCGACUCCAGAAUGGCCGCUCUACCCUCUCCCAGAAGCGCCUCUUUACCUCGACUCGAUUGCGAGCGUCCACCGCUGCUGAUGCGCAGUCCCCGCCAAACUCCAAGGCCUACCUCGCUAGCGGCGCCGUCAAGCCCUUAGCCCAGGUUAACGUGAAGAAAGUCCUCGUCGUAGGAAGCGGUGGUCUUUCCAUUGGCCAAGCUGGAGAGUUCGAUUAUUCCGGAUCUCAAGCUCUCAAAGCUCUGAAGGAAGCAGGCGUUGCCUCGGUACUUAUCAACCCUAAUAUUGCUACUAUCCAGACGAAUCACACCCUCGCCGAUGAGGUGUACUACCUACCGGUUACCCCCGAAUACGUGUCCUACGUCAUUGAGAGGGAAAAGCCCGAUGGUAUCUUCCUGUCUUUCGGUGGUCAGACUGCCCUGAACCUUGGUGUUCAGAUGCAGCGCCAGGGUCUCUUUGAGAAGUACGGCGUCAAGGUUCUCGGAACCAGUGUCCGAACCCUUGAACUCAGUGAGGAUCGUGAUCUCUUCGCCAAGGCUCUCGAGGAGAUCAACAUCCCCAUUGCGAAGUCCAUCGCCGUCGGAACCGUUGAUGAGGCUAUCGAUGCUGCCCGAAAGGUCGGCUACCCCAUUAUCGUUCGUGCCGCUUAUGCUCUUGGAGGUCUCGGGUCCGGUUUCGCGAACAACGAGGAGGAGCUCCGCAACAUGGCUGCCCGCUCCCUCACUCUCUCGCCCCAAAUUCUGGUGGAGAAGUCCCUCAAGGGCUGGAAGGAGGUUGAGUACGAGGUUGUUCGCGACGCCAACAACAACUGUAUCACCGUCUGCAACAUGGAAAACUUCGACCCUCUCGGUAUCCACACUGGUGACUCCAUUGUUGUGGCACCCAGCCAGACUCUAAGCGACGAGGAGUACCACAUGCUCCGAAGUGCUGCUAUCAAGAUUGUCAGGCAUCUCGGUGUUGUUGGAGAGUGCAAUGUGCAAUAUGCUCUUCAGCCUGAUGGUCUCGACUACAGGGUUAUUGAGGUUAACGCUCGUCUGUCUCGCUCUUCUGCUUUGGCGUCUAAGGCUACCGGAUACCCUCUUGCGUACACGGCCGCGAAGAUCGGCUUGGGCCAUACCCUUCCCGAGCUCCCCAAUGCUGUUACUAAGACGACUACUGCCAACUUCGAACCUUCUCUCGACUACAUCGUCACCAAGAUUCCCCGAUGGGAUCUUUCCAAGUUCCAACAUGUCAAGCGAGAUAUCGGUAGCGCUAUGAAGUCUGUCGGCGAGGUCAUGGCUAUUGGUCGUACCUUUGAGGAGUCUUUCCAGAAGGCUAUCCGCCAGGUUGAUCCCAAGUUCCUCGGUUUCCAGGGUGACAAGUUCGAGGAUCUUGAUGCUGAACUCCAGAACCCUACCGAUCGAAGGUGGCUUGCUGUCGGUCAGGCCAUGCUUCACGAGAACUACUCGGUCGAUAGGGUACAUGCGCUUACCAAGAUCGACAAGUGGUUCCUGCAUAAACUCCAGAACAUCGUGAACUGCACCCGGGAACUUCAGCAGGCCGGCAGCCUCGAAGCGGUCAGGGAGGAUCAGAUGUUGUCCGCCAAGAAGAUGGGCUUCUCCGACAAGCAAAUUGCCUUGGCCGUCAACAGCACCGAAGACGAAGUCAGGGCAUGCCGAUUGAGCAUGGGUAUUCGCCCAUGGGUCAAGAAGAUUGACACCCUGGCUGCCGAGUUCCCCGCCGAUACUAACUACCUGUACACUACCUACAAUGCUUCCACUCACGAUGUCGAGUUCGAGGACAAGGGUACCGUCAUUCUGGGUAGCGGCGUCUACCGUAUUGGUAGCUCCGUCGAGUUUGAUUGGUGUGCUGUCAGCGCUACCCAGGCGCUUAGGCAGAUGGGCCAGAAGACUGUCAUGAUCAACUAUAACCCUGAAACUUACUCAACCGACUUCGACACUGCCGACAGGCUCUACUUCGAGGAGCUUAGCUACGAGCGAGUCAUGGACAUCUACGAGCUUGAGAACGCUUCCGGCGUCGUCGUCUCCGUUGGUGGACAGCUUCCUCAGAACAUCGCUCUUCGACUUCAGGAGACUGGAAAGGCCAACGUUCUCGGUACCGACCCCAAGGAUAUUGACAAGGCCGAAGAUCGUCAGAAGUUCUCUGAGAUUCUCGACAGCAUCGGCGUUGACCAGCCUGCCUGGAAGGAGCUUACCUCCGUCGAGGCUGCUGAGGCUUUUGCCGACGAGGUUGGCUACCCUGUUCUCGUCCGUCCCAGUUACGUCCUCUCUGGUGCUGCCAUGACGGUCAUCCGUAGCAAGGAAGAUCUCAAGGUCAAGCUCGAAGCCGCAGCCGACGUUUCCCCCGAUCACCCAGUUGUCAUUACCAAAUUUAUUGAGGAUGCCCAGGAAAUUGAUGUCGAUGCCGUCUCUUCCAAGGGCAAGCUUGUUAUUCACGCUGUUUCUGAGCAUGUCGAGCAGGCUGGUGUCCACUCUGGUGACGCUACCCUUGUCCUGCCUCCUUCCAAGCUUGACGAGAAGACCAUGGACCGAGUCAAGGUUAUUGCUGAGAAGGUGGCCAAGGCAUGGAACAUUACCGGACCCUUCAAUAUGCAGAUCAUCAAGGCCGACGAUCCUAACGGUGGAGAGGCCGCGCUCAAGGUCAUUGAGUGCAAUCUCCGUGCUUCUCGAUCCUUCCCCUUCGUUAGCAAGGUUCUCGGUGUCAACUUCAUCGAUGUCGCCACCAAGGCGCUCGUCGGCGAGGACAUUCCCAAUUACGACAAUCUAAUGAAGGUCAAGCGCGACUACUUGGCGACCAAGGUUCCCCAAUUCUCCUGGACUCGUCUUGCUGGUGCUGACCCCUUCUUGGGCGUCGAAAUGGCCAGCACUGGUGAGAUUGCUUGCUUCGGAAAGGACCUCGCCGAGGCCUACUGGGCCUCUCUCCAGUCGACUAUGAACUUCAGGGUACCCCAGCCCGGCGAGGGUCUCCUCUUCGGCGGUGAGCUUGGGAAGAACUGGCUCACGACCGUCGUCGACUACCUCGCGCCCCUCGGAUUCAGGUUCUACGCCGCCGACCACACGGUCAAGGAGUUCCUCGAGUCUUCGGCGAAGAGCAAGAUUGAUGUUCAAGUUAUCGAGUUCCCCACGGAGGACAAGCGAGCCCUCCGUGAGGUGUUCGAGAAGUAUGAUAUCCGCGGUGUCUUCAACCUAGCGCAGGCUCGCGGUAAGACUGUUACGGAUGUUGACUACGUCAUGCGCCGAAACGCCGUCGACUUCGGCGUCCCUCUGUUCAUGGAGCCCAACACUGCUAUGCUAUUCGCGCAGUGCAUGAGCGAGAAGCUUCCUCGAAAUGAGGGUAUUCCAAGUGAGGUCCGUCGGUGGUCGGAGUUCAUUGGCGGCAAGCCCCUGUAA